AUGUCUCUUCCGAGCGUUCCGAAGCAUUUCGUCGCCGAUCGCAACCCAAGCGCGUCCGUCGAGGAGCAGCACACUCAAGAUCCGCUCGAGAAGAUCCGCCAAGGAGAUGCGAUGGGGGACGUGCACGCUGCAGCAAGGUCUCCGGAGCCUGCUACUCCACGCGAUUGGGGCACGCCAGACAGGAACAUGCAGCCAAAUACGAUGAGCGGCUAUUUCGCGCCCGGCAUGUACGAGACAAGAGCAGAAGAAAAGAACGAGCGUCAUGCUUAUCUUCGAAUGAUGCCUAUUGCCUUUGCCGUUGCCUUGUUGGAUCGAAGCAACUUGAGCGCAGCUUUCGUGAUAGGCCUUGCAGACGACUUGGAACUCUCCCGCGACAGCCGUUACAACAUCAUCAGCUGUAGCUUGUACAUCUCUCACAUGUGCUUCUUGCCAGCGAUUGUCGUCUUCUGUCAGCGAUACUCAGCUCGAUGGUGGCUGUCCACAUGCGUGCUCGUUUGGGGAGGCGUCUGCAUCGCUGCUGGGUUUGUCAAUCACUGGUCUCAGCUACUGGCCUGUAGAAUUGUCCUUGGCGCUUUGGAAGCAUGUUUUUUGCAGCGCUCCCAUUGUUUGCUUUUCAUGACGUAUGCAAAUCGCGAGCUCGGCAAGCGCUUCGCAGUAUUUUCGCUAUCUGGCGUGAGUAUGGCGGCUGUUGUAGACAUUUCUAGCCGCAAAUUUGCAUCUGAUCUGCAGAAUCGAGCUCAUGGUCUAUCUUCGGUGCAGCACGUCAUGUCUGCUUUCUCUCCCCUUCUCAAUGAAGCGUUUUCCCGCACUCCAACCUGGGGACCCACUCACAGGUGGAGUUGGAUAUUCAUCUGGGCGGGUGUCCUCACCGUCAUCGUAGCCGUUCCCGUCCUGCUUUUUGUCGGCGACGUUGAGACGGCUCCCUGGCUCACCGAGCGCGAGAGAGACAUGCUCGCUGGCAAGACGCAUAGUCUCACUCAAGUUCCGUGUGCAGAAGCAAAGAGCAAAGACGUUGAAGUCGCUACUCGACAUCAACGUGGUGUGCACCUGGGUGCCGGCGAAGUGCUCACCAUCAUGCGGGAGCAGCGCCUCCUCUUUGCGAGCACUGCUCUUUUUUGCACUGCUCUAUUUCCUGCCAUUCUUCUCGCCUACUUUUUGCCGAUCAUUCUGGUGGAUGUAGGAUUCUCGGGAGACGCAGCUCUGAUCAUGUCCGCUCCUGUGAAGUUGUCUGGCCUUGCCGUGGGCCUUGCGUCAGCUGUCAUCGCCGAUCGAUACCGAGCAAGGCUGGCCGCUGUCAUGACAGGCAAUGUGAUCACGAGCAUUGGCCUUGGCUUGCUUCUCUUUGAAGUGUCAAAGGUCCGAUUUGGAGGCGCUUUUCUGGUCGACAUUGGUGCAGCGAUCAGUGUCGCUAAUGUACCUCCAUUACAAGCCGCCAAUUUUGCAGAUAUCAAGGUGAAGAGCGUUAGCGCUGGAUGUCUCACGCUGGGCUCUGCUUUAGCGGGUAUCGUGGCUACCUUGGUGUUUCGAACUCAAGAUCGUCCCAAGUUUUUGCUGGGACUAAGCUGGGGUUUCGCCACUCAGGCCCUCUCGCUCCUUCUUUGCAUAGCUAUGAUACUGUACCUCUCGCACAUGAAUCGCCUGGCUCGGCAGGGUCUUGUGAUCAUACAAAGCAAACGUGAAUUUCGGUACUCCUUCUGAUCAAACACUAGUCUCGCAACGAGCAAUCGUAUGCGUGCUAUCUCACCUCAUGUCUUGACUAUACCAACAGACUUGCUUGUUGGAGAAGGUUCUCGGUAAGCAGCCAUGCUCCGCGCGAGAAUGCGCGGGAGUGGACGUCGGGGACGUGGUUUGCGAUUUUGGUUGGUGGGGGUGUGUAUGCGCGCGCACACAAGCUUU